GGAAAUUCAAUUUUCUGCGCACUCGAGAUUAUGUUGAUCCAAUCCAUUCAGGCUGUUUGGUGAAGCAUAAACCAAGAAUAUUCCAGCUCUUCGUUAUUGAAUGACCGCUACUUUAGAUAUGUGUUCAUAGAAAUUACGUUGUACUAAGUAAAUUAGGCUCGAAGAGAUAGGCUCUACCGAGAUUUACUGGUUAUUAGCUUACGCAUAAAAAGUAUUGUGUUAUGCCUAAAAAAGUGACUGGUUCCUAUACUUUUUUGAGCUACCUUACUCUGUUUCGUCUUUAUUUUGCUUUAUCAUUAAAAGAGAUAAUUUUUUCCCGCUUUUUUUUUCGAGCUAAUAAAAAGAAAAUGAGGUACACAAAACAAAAUUACGUUGUACUUGUAUGUUCCUUCUCUUCCCUUUUUUUUGAUAUCGUGGCAAAUCGAAUAACGUUUAACCAAAUUUGAUUAUUUCAUUCAAAUGGUCGAAUCCACUAGAACACUUUGUGAAAAUUGAACUGAGUUUAUUAGUUAGCCACAAUAAGCUAUUUGUAUACAAGUUAUAAUCAGGAUUUGUAAUGCGAUAUACACAUAUGUAUGUACACAUGUGUAUGUGCACACACGUAUCUAAGCCUACACGUUUUACAAUAGAAAAUUUUCAUUAUUAUGAUCAUUGUUCAUCAAGCACUGCUUUAAAUAGGAUUGAAGAGGAGCUUCUUUUUGAAUAUAUUGGCGGUUUUGUAAUCUUACUUGGCAUCGUCUACAGUAUUUUCGGAAAGUAUUCGUGCACUAAUAAUUUUUCGUUUCGUGCAAUAAAAAUAAAUAAAUCGUGC